CGGAGCCGUGGACUCGUGAUCGCCCGCUGAGUCACCAUUUUCCCCUUUUACCAACCAGCCAAGCCAGCCACCAUCCAAUCCCCGCUCCCUGUCUCUCUUCCUCCUCCCUCCCACUACCCGUCUCCCCUCUCCCCUCUGCCCCCAAGCGAGACACACGACACCGACCAGAGGGAGAAAAGUUCCCGAUCAAACCCUCGAAUCCUCCGCGGCCUCGUGGAAAUCCCACCCGCCGCAGCCUCGCCCUCCCCGCGCCGCGGUUCCGGAUCAGGAAGGUCCCCCGGCGUAUUCUCUCAUGGAGCGCGUCUUCUCCGUCGAGGAGAUCCCCGACCCCUUCUGGGGCCAGCCGUCGCCGCGGCCGGCGGCCGCUGGAGGGGGCGGCGCGGAGGGCGCGAUGAACCGGUGCCCGUCCGAGUGGUGCUUCCAGAAGUUCCUCGAGGAGGCCGUGCUCGACAGCCCCGCCGCAGACCCUACCCCGAUGGCCGGUGCUAGCGGGGGCGGGGCCGCGCAGGUGAAGCAGACCGCCGCUGCCGCUGCCUCGGGCGCUGUGGUGGACCCGGUGGAGUACAACGCCAUGCUCAAGCAGAAGCUCGAGAAGGACCUCGCCGCCGUCGCCAUGUGGAGGGCCUCUGGUGCCAUGCCUCCAGAACGUUUUGCAGCUAAUCCGUCAUUGCCAAAUGCAGAUGUUCAGCAUAUAGGCACUAUUAAUCCCAUAGGAGGUAAUGUGGUUCCAGUUCAAAACAAGCUAGCUGGUGGCGCAAGUGGGGUAUUGGGUCCACAAUUGGUACAAAAUGCUGAUGCCCUUGUAAAGCAAGCCGCUAGCUCUUCUUCGCGGGAGCAGUCAGAAGAUGAUGAUAUGGAAGGAGAAGAUGAGAUCACUGGGAAUGGGGCCCCUACUGAUCAAAGACUGCGGAGGAGGAAGCAAUCCAAUCGGGAAUCGGCCAGGCGUUCAAGAAGCAGAAAGGCAGCUCACCUGAAUGAGCUAGAAGCACAGGUAUCACAGUUAAGAGUUGAGAACUCCUCACUGUUAAGGCGACUUGCUGAUGUUAAUCAGAAAUACAAUGGUGCUGCUGUCGACAAUAGGGUAUUAAAAGCAGAUGUUGAAACCUUAAGAGCAAAGGUGAAGAUGGCAGAGGACUCAGUGAAGCGGGUGACAGGCAUGAGCGCUCUGUUCCCUGCUGGCUCCGACAUGUCAUCCCUCAGCAUGCCCUUCACCGGCUCCCCAUCAGAGGCCACCUCUGACGCGGCCGUCCCAGACGACCUCAGCGCUUACUUCUCCACAAGCGAGGCCGGAGGUAACAACAGGUACAUGCCUGAGAUGGCUUCCUCUGCGCAAGAGGAUGACAAUUUCCUCAACGAGGCCAUGGAUACCGGCAAGAUGGGCAGACCCGAUUCGCUGCAUCGUGUAGCGAGCCUGGAGCACCUCCAGAAGAGGAUGUGUGGCGGGCCGGCUUCGUCCGGAUCGACCUCAUAGGAGCAGCCAGCUCCUUGGGGCCACGAAGUCGCAUGAAAUUAUUGUUGGGCUAUCUUGGUGGUGGAUGUUGAUAAUCCUAUGCUAUUUGUUCUUUGGCUGUGACCUCUAGUGGCCUCGUCGCUAUGUUCCUGAAACACAACAGAUUUAGUAAAACUGUACGUUGUCAA